GGCAACGUCGGUAAUUUGCGACAGCGUACAACAUACAUAGAACAACAUUAAAAGAAUAUCAACAUAAAAUGUUUUAAGACAAUAUAACAUUUAUUUAGCUAUAACGUUUACUUAUAUCUGAGAAUUAUUAGGAGUAGGAUAGGUUACUAAUAUGACUGAACCUAGUAAGAAAAGUUCAAUCAUUUCAAGUAAUCAACUGCUAAGAAAUGUACCCUAUAAUGUUCUCAGUCAUCAUCUUCAUCAUGAACAUCAACAGCCAAGGCACCUUGAUAGUGCUCAUAUUCAAAGUCAAUCUAAGGAAUUUGAAGAUUUUUUAUCGCAAAGUUAUAAUAUCCAUGCUCUUUCUCAAAGUGCAGCUGGAGAUCGCAGAUCUUAUCCUCGAGCAUCAAAAGCUUUUACUCUUGAAGAAAUUAGGAAAGAUCUUCAACCCUUUGCAUGGAAAAAUGGAUUUGUAGCUUCAAAUUUAAGCAGCAGCAAAAACAAUAUCAAAAGUAGUUCAAUAAAUGACUUACAUCAAGCUGCUAUAGAAGUUAAUAAUUCUGUUCAAUCAGAACAACAAAAGUUGUCACAGCUUGUUUCAUAUGGCUAUGAUGAGGCUAUUGCGGCUGAUGUUUUACGAAAUAACAGUAACAAAAGUAUUGAAGUUCUUGUGGAUAUUUUAAAUUCGAUUAUUGGAUGUCACAAAAUGAAAGUUCCAAGUAGGGUUUUGACCAAUCAUAGAGUCCUUGGUAAUAAUAAUCACUUUCAGCCUUCUUUUUUACAAACUUUACAAAACAAGUAUGCCUCAAACAGUCGAUACUAUCCUUCAAAUGAUUUAACUAGGAAAGGAAUGCAGUAUAAAGAUUUAUCUCCCACCAAUUUUACCAAUAAUUUGCCAUUUGAACAUUUUUCUAAUGUUCAAAGCCAAUGCAAAUACCCUCGAGAAACAGACCAUGCUCAGCGAUAUCAGUCUAGUGUUUUUGUGAGUGCUCACAAUCUUUACCAUCAAGAUAUGCCAGAUGAUUCUUAUUUACAAAACUUGGGAGCAGAAAAUUUUGGUCGGCCAAGUGUUGUUACCAUGAGGCAAAAGAAAACAGAUAAGCAAUUCAAUCCUCAAAAUCGCUGGUCAGCUGAUGUUUUACAAACAUAUGAAAUUGAAAAUGUUCCCAACAAACCACCGCCUCCUUAUCCAGGAUUGUUAAAACGACCAUCUCUUCCAGACAAUUUUUCAGUAACUAAUAUCUCAGACGCAUUAGAAAAUGUUCGAACUGGAGUUGAUUUACCUACAUAUAAUGGAUAUACAAAAAACUCAAAUCAUUUAUCUACCACACAGGGAAGAAAUAUUAUCAAUUCUCCUCAUAACAUACAGGCAGUGCAUGUUUUUGGAACUCCAACAAAAAUGGAUUCUAACUUUUCUCCUAUAGUUGAAUCUGUCAUUCCUCGUCGUUCGCCUCCUCCUUAUUCAGCAGGUGGAUCGCAAAGAUCAAGUAAAUGUAAUUCUCUUAAUAUAGAAGAAUUAGAAAAUAGUUUGUUGUACACAUUUUCAAGUUUAGAUGACAGAAAUUUUAAUAAGGAAGAUGUAGAGUCAAACCUAGGUGACUCUUCACCAACCUUUUUAUCCAAUUCUGAUAAUACUGAGCGUUUUGAUGGUGUCAAGCGUUCUUACUCCCCUCUGCCAGAAUGCUCAAACUCACCAUAUGUUACAAUGAUUGUAAGGAAAGAUCAUGAAAAAGAAAGUGCAAUUGAAGAAAAUGAAAAUCAGCAUGAAAAUGCAAGUUUGCGCUUAAAGAAUUACACACCACAAGCCUGUAAAUUCUAUCUAGAACAGCAUUUUGAAAAUUUACUUAAAAGACAAGAGCAGCGUGAGGUUAGACGCAAACAACUUGAAGAUGAGAUGUCUAGAGUUGGUCUACCAUUACAAGACCAAGAGCAAAUGAGAAAGUUACUUAGACAAAAAGAAUCAAAUUAUAUACGCUUACGAAGAGCUAAGAUGGAUAAAACUAUGUUUACAAAGAUAAAAAUUAUUGGAAUUGGCGCAUUUGGUGAAGUUAGUCUUGUACGUAAAAAUGGAACUGAGGCCUAUUAUGCUAUGAAAACUUUAAGAAAAAGUGAAGUUGUUCGCAGAAAUCAAGUUGCUCAUGUCAAGGCAGAAAGAGAUAUAUUGGCUGAGGCUGAUAAUGAAUGGGUAGUAAAACUUUAUUACUCUUUUCAAGAUACUAAUAACUUAUAUUUUGUGAUGGAUUAUGUACCUGGGGGUGAUUUAAUGGCUCUUUUAAUCAAACGAGGUAUUUUUGAAGACAAUUUAGCUCGUUUUUAUAUUGGAGAGUUAGUACUUGCAAUUGAAUCAGUUCACAAAUUAGGUUUUAUUCAUAGAGACAUCAAACCUGAUAAUGUUUUAAUUGACAGAUAUGGUCAUAUUAAGUUAACUGACUUUGGCCUGUGUACUGGUUUCCAUUGGACUCAUGAUUCAAAAUAUUAUCAGCCUGAGCAAGCUCUUGAAAAUCAUUCACGACAGUUUUCAAUGGAACCUGAGGGAGGUUGGGAUUCUUUAGUUGAAGAGGGUAACUGUGGUUGUAAAAGUAGUGAACGUCUUGAUAAUGAUUUAUAUGAGCCAUUACAACGUAGAAACAUGCGUCGGCAUAUGAGGUGUCAGGCACAUUCUUUAGUAGGCACACCAAAUUAUAUAGCUCCUGAAGUUUUGAUGCGCAUUCCAUACUCACAACAAUGUGAUUGGUGGUCUGUUGGUGUUAUUCUUUAUGAAAUGCUUAUUGGCCAUCCUCCAUUUAUGGCUCGCACUCCAGCUGAGAUUCAAUUAAAGAUUAUUAAUUGGAAAGAGACUUUAACUAUCCGCAAAAAACUACCUCGUCAUUCAGAGAACCUUAUUUUACAGUUAUGCAGCGCUCCUGAAAAUCGAAUCGGAAGGAAUGGUGCUCAUGAAAUAAAAAACCAUCCUUAUUUUGAUAAUUUUAAUUUUUUGUCCAUACAUGAGGAAAAGGCACCUUUUGUUCCUAUAAUCAAUCAUCCAACCGACACUUCUAACUUUGAUCCAGUUCCUGAAAGUAAAUCUAAUGAGUUUGAUAUUGGGGAUGUGUCCAGCCAAGAUGUAGAUGACAAAUUAGGUCCUGGAGCCUAUGCGUUUUAUGAAUUCACUUUUCGUCAUUUUUUUGAUGAUGGAGGCUUUGCAAAUCCAGUUGCAAAGAAAAUUGAGCAAAAUAUUAAGCCAAACACAGUAUCACCUGCAAAGCGUUCUGCAACAACAACAAGCAAUUCAAUUAGUAUACCUAAUAAAGUUUCAGUACCUAACUCAGAUGCUAAUAAAAGCAAGUUGCCUGUUUUUGUAUGAUUUUUUUAUAAUUUUUUGGUAAAUUCCUGGUUUGACGGUUUUAGUUUUUAUAUAAUUUAUAUAAUUUUAUUUUAUAUUAAAAUAAUUUUUUGCAAGUUUAUAUUUUCUAGUUUCUAGUGUUAAUAUAUUUUUUUAAAAGCGUGUUUAAAUAUUUUUUUUUUGAAGAAACUUUGCAUACUGUACUGAUUUUUUUUAAUGAGGUAUUAUUAUAUUUAUGAAGUAUUUCGCUUUUAAAUAAAAUUAUUUUUUUAGAUAUCUUAUAAUAAUUUUUUUUUC